UUUCUCCCGCCUACCCGGAAGUGCCCGAGGCGGAAGCUGCAUCGCGGGCGAAACCAUUCGGGCGGAAGGGGGGGAAGGAGAGAGCUUGUUUCCCGGCUCAAGAUGGCCCGCACGCCCAGGCUGGUGCUUCUCUUCAGCGGGAAGAGGAAGUCCGGGAAGGACUUCGUGGCCGAGGAGAUCCAGAGCCGGUUGGGGCCUGAUGUCUGCGCCAUCCUCCGCCUCUCCGGGCCCCUCAAGGAGCAGUACGCCAAGGAGCACGGCCUGGACUUCCAGCGCCUCCUGGACGCCACGGACUACAAGGAGACCUACCGGCAGGACAUGAUCCGGUGGGGAGAGGAGCGCCGCCGGACAGACCCCGGCUUCUUCUGCCGCAUCGUGGUGGGGGAGGCCACACAGCCCAUCUGGGUGGUCAGCGACACGAGGCGCCUCUCGGACGUGGAGUGGUUCCGGGACGUCUAUGGGGACCUGGUGCAAGUGGUGCGGGUCGUGGCCACGGAGGAGACGCGGAGGAGGCGGGACUGGGUCUUUGUCCCGGGGAUCGAUGACGCGGAGUCGGAGUGCGGCCUGGACCAGGGCCUGACCUUCGACUGGGUCCUGUCCAACGAGGGAGACCCCCUCGCCCUGGAGGCCCAGAUGGAGGCCCUGCUCCAAUUUGCCCAGAGCAAGCUGUAGCCGCCGCUGCUCCCGCUACCGAGGACGAUGGGAUUGGCGCUCCGUCCCGGGACCCCAGGCCAGUCUCCCCUUCCCUGGAAUCGGGUCUACGCGCGGACCCUCUUUAAGGGGGCCUCAUUCCAUUUUGCGCCCUGGAAGGAGCCAUUCCGGACGGGAAGCGGGGUCUCUCUCUCUCUCUCUCCCCUCCGCCCCGACAUCGGAUUUCCUUGCUGCUUCCAACGUCGCCGCCGUAUCCCCCCCCCCCCCAUGCAAUGCAGCUUGCAUUUUGUGCUGUAGGAAGCACCUCACCUAGUCAAGCACGUGGCGUUUGAGGUCUCUUUUGGGGGAACCUUGCUUUGUCGCCAGCCCCAUUGUUGUGAGUGGGGGGAGAUUGCAGUGCCUUAUUGCUAAGGAUCAGGGAUGAAAAGGGGAGCGCCAGCUUCCCCCCCGUUUCAGGCUCCUGCGCCUUAAAUACAGAGAGUGGGAGAUUUUCCCCCCCGCUAUAUGAAAGGUAUACUGCACAGGAGCCUCAAAAUGCAGAGGAAGUUGGCCACCUCAAGCACAAAGCAUUCCAAGCAUGCCUCUCUCCAGGUGUUUUGGACUCCCGAGUCCCACAAUUCCUAACAGCGGAUACCGAGAACUCAAGACCGCGGAUACAGAGGGCCCAAGACCACGGAUACGGAGGGCCCAAGACCACGGAUACAGAGGACCGUGGAACCAACACCGCGGAUAUGGAGGACCCAAGACCGUGGAUACGGAGGACCGUGGAACCAACACCGUGGAUACGGAGGGCCCAAGACCACGGAUACGGAGGACCGUGGAACAAAGACCGCGGAUACGGAGGGCCCAAAUGGGCCCUCCGUAUCCGCGGUCUUGGUUCCACGGUCCCUGCUUUUAGAAAUUGUGGGACUUGGAGUCCAAAACACCUGAAGGGAGGCCCAAAGUUGGCCCAUUCCUGCUCUAUAUACUGUGGAGCUAAUGCCACAUAAAUACCACAUUAAUUCCACAGUGUAAACAGAAGCAGGAACGGGAAGAGGUCGGGAUGACGACACUCAGAAUCUAGUUUUAUGGGAGCUGUAGUCCAAAUGUUUUUUUUAAAGUCGUACUUAUGUAUAAAUAGUGAAAUGCAAAUUGAAAUAUAUAUCGAAGGGGUGGGGUGUGAUGACUAUGCACUGGGUCCAACGUUUCUUACCCCCCUCCCCCCAAAAAAGGGGUCCAUUUCCAGUUCUGUCCCCCAUCCUUUUGCCCCAAGCAAGCAAGCAACCCGCCCAACCUUUCUCUGGCUGCAAAAUGACGCCCCGUUCGCACUCAAGAGGUUGUUUCACUCACAAUAAAGCUUUGGAUUGUUUGCC